AUGAUGGCUGCUACCACCACUGGUUCAGAUUAUGCCAAUGAGGUACAUUCCGUACCGAUCCAGCAUCAGUUUAAUCCAUAUGAUGACAACGGCGGUACUAUCCUGGGUAUUGCAGGAGAAGAUUUCGCUGUCCUAGCGGGGGACACACGGCACACAACAGGCUAUUCGAUCAACUCGCGCGAGGAGCCAAAGGUUUUUGACUGCGGUGACAACAUCCUGAUUUCGGCUAAUGGUUUCGCCGCGGAUGGAGAUGCGCUGGUAAAACGGUUCAAAAACAGCAUGAAAUGGUAUCGUUUUGACCAUAACAAGAAGAUGACGAUCAAAUCAGCGGCCAGGAGUAUCCAGCAUUUGCUGUACGGAAAGAGGAUGUUCCCAUACUACGUUCAUACAAUUAUUGCCGGUCUGGAUGAGGAAGGUAAGGGUGCAGUGUAUUCGUAUGACCCCGUUGGAUCGUACGAGCGGGAGCAGUGCAGAGCGGGCGGAGCAGCGGCAUCCUUGAUCAUGCCCUUUCUCGACAACCAAGUGAACUUCAAGAACCAGUACGAGCCAGAUUCCAACGGUACCAAGAAGCGCGCAUUGCGGUUCCUUUCGGUGGAUGAGGUCGUGCGGCUAGUGCGUGACGCCUUCACUUCCGCCACGGAAAGACACAUCCACGUGGGAGACGGUCUACAGAUCAUGAUUGUCACGAAGGAUGGCGUCAGGGAGGAAUUCUAUAGUUUGAAAAAGGACUAA